AUAAAUAAAAAAAGCGACUUUUUCAUUUUCAGCGUCGGAGGGCAGAAGAAAGAGGGAAGGCUUUGAACAUGGAAAUAAAAAAUUCUUGAGUUGCGUGAAUUCCAUUUCGAGCCUUGCCUUGGGAAUUCUCGAUCAUACCGAAACCUUCACAACUUUUCAACCUUCAAUUUUGACUCUGAAUCUUCUGACCGGACAAUUCGGAAGUGCAAUGGUCGAUAAUUGCGACAGCGCCGGCAACGUAGACGCCGACGGAAAAGACACAGCCUGCACCUCAUGUGACCGCCCAGCUUCACUCCACCAGUCCAUGGGUGGCGGCAAAGCGGCUGAUAUUCUACUAUGGAAACAGCGGCAUGUUUCUUUCGGCAUUGUUGUUGUUGCUACAGUAUUUUGGCUUCUAAUUGAGCACUCUGGAUUGCCAUUGUUGACAACAUGUUCGGAUGUCUUGCUGGUUUUGGUCGUCCUAUUGUUUCUUCGUGCCAACUUUGCUGCGUUUCGAAAGAAGCAGCUUCAAACAUUACCACAGCUGGUCUUGUCCGAGGAAUUCGUCGAUAAUGUCGCUGCAUCAUUUCGGGCGAAAAUCAAUAAUGCAUUACUUGUAGCUCAUGAUAUCACACUUGGCAAUGAUUUCAAACUCUUUUUCAGGAUGGUGAUCUGUUUGUGGCUUUUAUCCGUCCUUGGUAGCUACCUUUCUUUCUUCACCUUUGCAUAUAUCGGAACAAUCAUCUCGAUAACUGUCCCCGCCUUGUACAGCAAAUACGAUAAACACGUUGACAGAUGCUGCGGAAUGAUCCGCCAACAAUUUAGAAAGCAUUAUAGAGUGAUGGAUGAGAGUGUUUUCAGCAGACUCCCUGGUAGUUUGUCGAAGGAUAAACAUCAAUGAAUAAUGCUACCUAUAGUUUUCUGCAGUUGUACUAAACCACGGGAUAAUUGUAUUACUGUUUCAUCACAAAUGAAUGCCUGGUUAACUGGAUUCUUGAAGGUUAUUGGAUACCUAUGAACAUGUUUAUUUCUGUAUAUUUAUGAAUACUUGUAAAUGGGGCAAGCUUUUGAAUCUGGUUGGUCUGGAUCUAAUCCUGAGGUUGAAUUCCUUUUGGUCCAGUAUGGACCAACCCACAAAAGGGCCCAUUGUUGAAUACUCAACCCCAAAUCAUUUAGUUCA